GUUCCAGGUUAACAGAGCCUGAGUAAACAACCAUGGCCGCCGCACUGCGCAGGCUGAUUCCUUCUCUAUCAAACAGCUCCAAAUCAGGAGCGUUUGCUGCGGGGUUACAACCACCAGCCUCCUCUAAUGGGAGAAAAGCUCUGAAAGUGGUUGCGGGUGGAGCUAUGGCCGCAGCCGGUGCUGCGGCUCUUUACUACGGCUCUGUUGUCGGUGUCGGACCGAGGAGCUUCCAAGCACCGCUCGUACAUCUGGCGCUGCCGUCGGUCUCUGCAGCCAAUAAGGUAAAGACCUAUGAUCUGGAUGAAGGAGAUGUUUACAUGUCGUCUUUUGAAAACAGAUUCCGGCUCUUCAGCUCAGUAGAGUGUGAAGGCCAGCUCUACAUGACGCCUCUAAACUUCAUUGAGUCUGUCACUCUGAAUGAACCAAGGAGUAAGAAAGGAUGGAGGUCCGUCACUAAAAAGGAAUUAGACAAGCUGCUGUCGGAUACUCCUCCUGUUUGGAAAGGAUCAUCUAAUUUGUUCAGAAAUCUGCGAGAGAGAGGUGCCAUCAGUUACACCGAGUACCUUUUUCUGCUCUGCAUUUUAACAAAGCCUCAAGCGGGAUUCCGGAUCGCUUUCAACAUGUUUGAUGCAGACGGCAACGAAAUGGUGGACAAAAGGGAGUUCUUGGUGUUGGAGGAAAUUUUCCGUAAGAAAAGAGACAGAAAAGAAGUUACUGGUGAUUCUGAAAGACAGGAGCAGAAAAGCCUGCAGCUUUAUGGUCAUCACCAAUCCCAGACGCACAAUGUUCGUAAAAAAGACGUCCAGCAUGUGGGGAACCCAGGCAUGUGGGAUGUUCUCAGGCACGGCACGACUCAAGCUCUGUUUUCUGAUCUCAUGGAGCAUGUGGAUGAGAAAACAGAGACCACGCUGCUUGUCCAUUUCUUUGGAAAAAAAGGCAAAGCUGAGUUGAAAUUUGAAGAUUUCUACAAGUUCAUGGACAACCUGCAGACAGAAAUGCUUGAGAUAGAGUUCCUCUCUUACUCCAAAGGGAUGCCCACCAUCAGUGAAGAAGACUUUGCUCGCAUUCUUCUUCGCUACACAAAUGUGGACGAUGUUGGCGGGUACAUGGAGAAUGUACGCCACUGUAUACCAGAUGAUAAGGGGAUCAGCUUCGAGGAGUUCAGAUCAUUCUUCCAGUUCCUGAACAACUUGGAGGAUUUCGCCAUCGCCAUGAAGAUGUAUAACUUUGCUCACCGCUCUGUUGGUCAAGACGAGUUCACCAGGGCCGUUUAUGUCGCCACUGGAAUCAAACUGAGCCCCCACUUGGUCAACACCGUCUUUAAGAUCUUCGAUGAGGAUCAAGAUGGUAAACUCAGCCACAAGGAGUUCAUUGGAGUCAUGAAGGACCGUUUGCACCGUGGAGACGGGGGUGUUAAAGCAGAGGAAAAGUUCAUCUCUUUCAAAUCCUGCAUGAAGAAGGAGUUAUCAAGAAAAUAGGUGAAGCCCCAGAUGCUGCUGCAUGUCUAACGGUGUGGAGGAGUCGUGCCUCUUCUUUCCUCCCUGUCCGGAGUUAAUGCAUGCUGCUGAACCUCAGAGCUCUGAUUAGAGCUCUGAGAAAAACCAAAGAAAGAACAGGAUGUAACGCCACCAGGAUGCAGCCAGCGUUACAGGAAACUUCACUUCAUUCUCAAAACUAAACUAGAUUCUAAUUAGCUCUUUUUGGAGUAUGUAAAUGUGUGAAUGAACAUAUUAAGUCCUUUAGCCCCAUAUUUAUUCAGUUAAAAAUAUUUAUGAAAACAAUUUAUUCAUAUAAAAAAAUAGUCAGAUAGUGACUCUGCAUCUAAAAAUAUGCUGCUUGCUCAACUAGUUUGUCUUCGUCAGUUUUCUUCCCAACCUGGUUUUGUCUUAGAAUGAGGUUCUGUUUUGAACCAGGUUCUGUUCUCAACCAGGUUCUGUUUUGAACCAGGUUCUGUUUUGAACCAGGUUCUGUUUUAGAACCAGGUUCUGUUUAGAGCCAGGUUCUGUUUUAGAACCAGGUUCUGUUUUGGAACCAGGUUCUGUUUAGAACUAGGUUCUGUUU